GUUCUACCUUGACCUCGUCGAUAUUGUAAACGUAGGUGUAUACGCAUUAGAUCUAUAGAUACUUUUCAUCUACUUUCGGGUUGAGUUUACCAUUUUAACCAAAGCUAACAAUGUCUGAAGGAAGAAAAGUCGUCAUUGCUAUGGAUGGAAGUGAUUACUCAGAUUACGCAUUUGAUUGGUUUAUGAAGAAUGUGCACAAACCAAGCGAUCACGUGAUAUUUGUUCAUGUUCCUGAAUAUCACACUGUUGUUCAGUCACCAAUGGUUAUGGCUGACGUGACAGUGUUAACAGAUCUGUGGCAGGAAGAGGAAAAACGAAUUAAAAAACUGCUGGAAACUUUAGGACAGAAAAUGAAGGACCAUGGAAUCGGUGGUAAAGUAAAGAGUGUAAGUGGAAGUCCAGGUGAAGUCAUCUGUAAGGUAGCCAAAGAGGAAGCAGCUGGGAUGAUUGUCAGUGGAACCAGGGGUAUGGGAACAAUAAGAAGAACAUUCCUGGGUAGUGUUAGUGACUAUGUCAUCCACCACGCCCAUAUACCAGUACUGGUUGUACGUCAUCAUGAACAACAGAAGUAGACAUUUUAGUAUUAUCAAAUGGUGCCAGUUUGACACAAAGAACUGAUUUACGCACCAAGACUGUAACAAAUGAACAGCUAUAUGAGUUCUUUAUUAUAACAAAUAUAAGUUUUAAACUUCAGUUGAUUGAUUGAUUGAUUGAUUGGUCUACUAUAGACGGAAAAGAUUCUGAGACUUGAAUGGAAAGUUUAACUCUGGUUUAAUUUAAUGGUUGUUGUCUAUGUGGGAACAUAUUUUUUUAUUUUUUAAAUUUACUUUGUAUAUGUUUUGUAUGUUAUAUAUAGAUUCAUGUAACCCUUUUUGAAUACAAAUCAUAUAAUCUACAAUUCAAAAUAAAUAAAAACACAAAUCAUAGUCUACAAAAAGAAAAUUGUUAAUGUAAAAUAAUUUACUGUUGAAUCCAAGAAUUAUUUCAAAAAUAUAAUAAGAAAAAUAAAGAGAAGGUUUGGAACUAGCAUGGUUCAAUACAGAUUACUUGAAUUUAGGAAGAGUAAAAUGGAAAUCUCAGGAAUUUGACGGUAUUCAAUUAGAUAAAGAGCAUAUUAUGUGUAUUCAUGAUUUACCAUUUAUUCAGAAUUCUUAUACAAUAAAAAUUCUACACUG